AUGCGUCCUGUUUCUACGGACAAGCAAAAGAUUUGCUACACGGCUCUGAAAGAAUACCUCGAAGGGCUUCCGGAUUUUGGUGGAUCUUCGCCACGAAUUCUCCUGCGCCCCGACAUCCAAACGAUUUCCGGGGUCGAGGAGGGCUUCUACGGAUUCAUCGGGGUGAACGAAUAUCGCAAAGCAAUCACGUUUCAUCAAUCUCAGUAUGGCGCAGAUGUCGGGGAUACCACUACUGGCGCAGCAACAAGGGAGCUUCGUGUCCAUCCAGAAAAGAUGCGCGGCAUUAUCGAGAUCGGUGGCGCCUCCAUGCAAGUGGUGACUCCCGACCGCAGGGCCAUGGGUUCCUCCAGUCUGGUGACCUUUUCGUCUCUUUUUCCGAAGCUCUUCAGCCAGUCGUAUCUGAACUUUGGGCUGGAGCAAGUCAAAAAAUGGAACGAUCCUCAGAACGCUUGCUCGUGCGAGCAGGCACCGUGCGACGCGAGUUCCUCUUGCACUAAAUUCUUCGAGAGAGAAC